UGACUGGGAGGGGUAGUCAAGUCAGUUGAACGUUGUCUUUCCCAAUAGAAUGUUUUCUUUACGAGUGAUUGUGAGUUUACUGUUGGUCGUUUCGGCCACAGCCAGCGGUGUGAUCUUUGAAGAUUCGCCCAGCACAUCUCAAGAUAACGCUAACGUGGGCACUCGUAAUGGCCCCUUUGACGACAGCGUAGUGAUCGAAGCUGCCGGUUCUCCUUCCAAUGGAGAUGUUGACUCUCGUUUCUUUGGACUUUUGGGCGGAGCUAAUCGUCCAAUUGGUGGUGGCGGCUUCGGCGCAGGUUACCCGAUUGGAACCACCAAACCUGGCCGAUGCCCUGGAAUUUUGGGCUUAGGAAUUGGCCAACCUGAAGGAGGGUACGGAGGGUACGGCGGAUAUGGUGGAUAUGGUCAACAAGGAUUUGGAGGAUAUCCCGGUGGUUAUGGUGGAUACGGCGGAAAUGGCUACGGCCACCAUCAUGGAGCUGGUGGAUAUGGUUAUCCAGGACAGUACGGAUAUGGCGGGCUAGGCGGCGGUUACAACGGUGGUUUUGGAUUCCGUAGCGCUGAUCAAGGAGGUGAAAGCGGAGACAAGACCGAGCGUCGUAAAAGAUCCGAUGAAGCAACUAAGGAAUCUUCUGGCGGAGAUGUUCAAGGCCGCUCUGGUCCGGGAGAAACCGACCCUCGUUUCCUUGGAGCCAUCGGUGGUCUCUUCGGCCAACCAUGCUAUCAAGACUACCAAUGUCCGGGUCAACUGAAAUGCUGCGCUAAAGCAAUUGGCAGCCAAGCUUCCUGUCAACAACCCGCCCUUCUUGGUUAAUUAGAUAAGACUGUCUGCUCGUCAAUGAAGUCCUCGUUACUAUCCUACAGCUCCCAAUUUAUCUAAUAACUUAUAUUCACGUGAUAAACUAUAUCACCACCCAUUUUUUAUAAUAAAAUACAAGAAUAAUUUAACUUCGA